AUGCAGCAACUCUUGGCAGCCUUGUUGCCAAGGAAACAAAUUAAACCCGCUCUCYCAUUCUACUCCCUCCCUCGAGGCUCACAUUUCAAAUCUGUUUUCCCUGUAAUCUCUGGCCUAACUCGUUGCGUUUCAGCUAAAAGCUUUUUGUUGUGGCAUUGGAGCCAGAGAGCCAGAGAGGACAUGAGAGACAGGGAAUGGUUAAGAGAGCUGGGGGAGGAAGAAAGAGGGUCCUCCUAGUUGCCAGGGCAACUUGACAUCACAGUGACGAUUUCCUCCAUUUAAAAGCUUUUAACCGGAUCCCUCUCCUGCCCUAGGCCCCAUUUUGAGUCCUCUUUCAGCUAAACUCGGGGGAAAAGCACAGGCAAAGCAGAGCGGUGAGUGGCUGUUUGCAACCACAUUCCACUGACGACUGCUAGAAACACCUUAGAGCAGAAAAGGGCUUUCAAACUAAACCGUUUUGGAGGCCUAUUUUUGUUUACCAAACCAAACCAGGAAUAGAGUACUUUCGAGUGGGCUUUCAAAAUGGCCACCGAGGACAGUUUCAAUUACCUCUUCAUGGGCCACAGCGAGAAACACAGAAGGGCCCGAAACUGGACCGAUGCGGAGAUGAAGGGGCUCCUGUACGUCUGGGAACAGAACGUCGCUGAGCUGAAGAAAUGCAAGAGGAAUGCCAAGAUCUAUGAGAAAAUGGCCCAGAGGUUCUUCGAGCUCACGGGAGAACAGCGCCACCGGGAGGAGAUCAAGAUGAAAAUCACCAACAUGUCUUUCCAGUACAGGCAAGUGAAAAUGAAGUGCACGACCAAUGGGAGUGGAGGUACCCCGGACUGGCCGUACUACAAAGCCAUAGAGAAGAUCCUCACCAAGACUGCCGAUAAUGGGACUAUGAACCCAUUUGAGCUCCAGUCUUCGGGCCCCUCCACCUCCACGGAGGCCUCGAUGUCCCAUGCGGAGGGCCUCCCCAUGGGCGUCCUUCCGGAGUACACAGGCUCCUCUGAUGAGAUGGAAAUGAGGGAGGACCUGGGUGGAUCGGAGAGCUCUGGCAGUCUGCAUUCCGGGCUUCCUUGUCCUGAUUCCCACCCGGCACCGGCCAAGAGGAAAAAAGUACACCAGCACCUCUCCCUGAAGCGGUGGAAGCUGAAGGUGAUGGAGGCARUGCUACAGGAGCAGCGGAAGGUGAGCCGGGCGGUGGAGGAGACGUGCCGCGAGGUAAGCCGCGUCAUGCACCAGCAAAACUUCCUCCAGGUGCAGAGCCUACAGCUCCAGGAGCGCAUGAUGAACCUGCUGGAGAAGAUGAUUCAGCCACCCGCUGCCCCGACACCCGCCUGGGGUGCUGCUGCCCAGCCAGGGGUCAAAGAGCCAGGGCAGGGGUGA